AUGGCACCAACAGUAAAGCCGGCUACAGCGAAGCCGGGGGCAACGAAGACGGCUGCUCACCCAACGCCAGAGAGGCGAAAAGGGGAAUCUGCCCUCAGCGACUUCGCCGACUACGUCCAAAAGCAGCAGGCCCUCCGCAAGCCCCCAUCCGCCAAACCCUCCACCGCCCCCAUAAUCGAGGACCACCACGACGAGCUCGACAUCAUCGACCAGCUCAACCUCGGCGACGAGUCCAGCCACGUGCGCCUAAAACAGCUUUUCACAGACCCCGAUGCCGCUGCCAGCGUUGCCCAGCUCACCGAGCACCUAAAGGCGCGUCUGGAUGAGGGCCAUGGCGAAGCGCUGUUCGACCUCGGCCUCGAAGACAAUGGCGACAACAUGGGCUUCUCGAAGGAGCAGUGGGAUGCGGCGCUUGAGCGGGUGUAUGCGGCUGCCAAGGCGGCGAAUGCGGAGUGUCGGAUAUUACUGACGCGGAAUGUGGGCGGGGACGUUGAGGUUGGGCCGGCUAAUGUGAAAGAGGUGGGAGAAUGCGGGAAGAUAAUGAUCAGGAAGAAUCCGGAGAGCGUGGAUGAUGUUAUCGAGACGAGGAUUGCGGUUGUAGGAAAUGUUGAUGCGGGGAAGAGCACGAUGCUUGGUGUCCUGGUUAAGGGGGGCUUGGAUGAUGGACGUGGGAAAGCGCGGGUGAACCUCUUCAGACACAAGCAUGAGAUUGAGAGCGGUCGGACUAGCUCAGUGGGAAUGGAGAUUAUGGGAUUUGAUACCCGCGGUGAUGUGGUUACUGCUCAGGUUGCUGGCAGGAAGUUGUCAUGGGAGGAGAUUGGGCGACGGUCGGCAAAAGUGAUCAGCUUCACCGACUUGGCCGGCCACGAGAGAUACCUCCGAACGACGGUUUUUGGCAUGCUCAGCAGCGAGCCCAAUUACUGCUUACUGAUGGUCGCAGCCAACAACGGCCUCAUCGGCAUGUCAAAAGAGCAUCUCGGCAUCGCCCUCGCCCUCAACGUCCCCGUAAUGGUCGUAAUAACCAAAAUCGACAUCUGCCCCCCGCACAUCCUCGAGCAAACCAUCACGCAGCUGACCAAAAUCCUCAAGUCCCCCGGCGCGCGCAAAAUCCCCAUCUUCAUCAAGAACCGCGAGGAGUGCAUCAACACGGCCACGCAGUUCGUCAGCAAGCGUAUCUGCCCCGUCUUCCAGGUCUCGAAUGUGACCGGCGAGUCCCUCGACCUCGUAAGGAUUUUCUUAAAUAUCCUGCCGCAUCAUGGAAACUACAAUGCGGACGCCCCGCUCGAGUUUCACGUCAACGACACCUUCUCUGUCCCCUUCGUGGGCACCGUCGUCUCUGGCAUCGUCAAAGGCGGCGUCGUCCACGCCGGCGAUAACAUCCUCAUUGGGCCGGACGGACUGGGCCAGUUCACAACGACGAAAGUGCGUUCAAUCGAGCGGAAACGCAUAGGUGUUCCCGCAGCCAGCGCGGGCCAGUCCGCAUCGUUGGCGCUGCGGAAUGUCAAGCGCAAAGACGUCCGCAAAGGAAUGGUGGUGCUGCACAAGCCGCAAGAUGACGCCAAAGCCCCGACGCAGCCGAAGGUGUACCGUGAGUUCGUCGCCGAGGUGCUCAUCCUGUCUCAUGCGACGACUAUCAAGACGAAAUACCAGGCUAUGCUGCAUGUGGGGCCGGUCAGCCAGACGUGUGCCAUCAUCGACAUUGAUAGAGCCUAUAUCCGUACGGGCGACAGGGCGACGGUGGCGUUCCGCUUCGUGCAGAGGCCGGAGUAUCUCGCGCCGGGCGAUCGGAUCUUGUUCCGCGAGGGGAGGACGAAGGGGCUGGGGAUCGUGAAGAGUGUGGGGUACGAUCCAAAGCACCCGCUCAACCCUGAGGCGCUGAAGGAGAGGACGGAGAACGGAGCGAGUGGCGCGGCGCCGGUCUCGGUUACGGCUUGA